GACAACACCAAAGUUGCUUAUUUUAAACCGCUUACUAUUUACUAUUUAGCUGCAAUCCUGACAGAACCAUGAACGAUUUGAACCUGCGCGUAGCCGCCUUGAAGUUGUGUGCUCAUCCCAAGAGGUUUGCGGAGCUGCGCGACGCCCUUGUGCCAUUGCCCAACACGUGGAUUACCGCGCCACAUGACUUUGUGCGCCAGUUCGCGGCGGCCGAGAGCAGUGCGGAGCAGGUGCAGGUGGUCAAGGAUGUCUUCUACGAGUACCAGCAGCAGGAUCACGAAAAGGUGCCCCGCUUCCUGGCGGAUCUCCUGCUGGCCAGUCCGCUAAAGCACGCCGUGCGCAACCAGCUGACCAAACUCUUCUCGGACAAUGCGCUGGCCAAACAGAAGGCGGCGCCACAUCACAGGCACUCGAGGGAGCUCCUGCUGGAGGCUCUGCAGCAGUCGCUCGGCGAGAUGGCCAGCAGUCUUGCGGUGAUCACGCCGCCUGUAAGCCACGAGCGCACCAACGAUGUCUUUGCGUCCGCCAAUGCCUGUCUGCAGAACUUCCCCUUUGGAAGGGAGGCCCUGGGCACUCAGGUGCAUCUGUUCGCGCCGCUGCUAACCACCGCCCUGGAGCGCUACUGGACGGACAUUUGUGACCCUUCGCUGGAACUCUCGCCAACGCGCCGCAACGAGCUGUACCUGUACGUGCAAAAUGCGCUGCGGUUCCUGGUUAGCCUGCUGGCCGAGUGGAGCGACCAGUUGCACUUGACCGAGGAUGAGCGCUUUCCAGGCGCGGCGAAUGAGGUGGCCCAAAAGGUGGCUCGCCACGAGGACACUCCGUGGGACGUACGCUCCAUUGCCGGCCUGCUGAUCGGUCACCUGGCGCGAUUCUCUGGUACAUUCCAGACGUACGUCGAAGACUGCUCGCGGCCCCAGGCUGAGCAGGAUGUUCCCGUACAGACGGCCGCCCUGCUCGUCCUGCGACCCGCCGACUAUGCGGAAAACGCUGCACAAGCACUGGCCAUUCUGAAGACGAUCGUGGCCGUUGGCGAGCAGAAGAGCACCGUGACCAACCUGCUUGUCUUCAUUUCCAAGCACCUGUUCAUUUACUCCAAAUCGCUGGGCGAGAUGCACGCCCAUCUUCCCGAUGACCAGAAGUUGCUAUAUGAACAGAUCCUGGCGCAGCUGCAGGUCUUCGCCCUGCAGAACAUCUCCAACGACACGGAUUCCGUGCGCCACAUGAGCAGCGCCCUGCUGCACCAGGUGCUGCAGCACGCCCAGGCCGCCGGUCAGGAGGAGCUCUUUCAAGUCGUCUACCGUCAGUUCGAAGAUCGCGCCACAUCCCUCAAUGCCAGUUGCCUGGCGCUGGAGCAGCUGGUCGCGGUGGCGGGUGUCAGCCAGUCCAUCGAGAACUGUCCCUCGCUGUUCGGUGUCAUAUUCCCGCGCCAUCUGGGCUGUGAGGACGGUGUGGAUGCCCUGUUCAAAGUCAUGAUGGUAUCGGCCCACAAGUCGGAGCCCUUCGCCGAGUGGCAGAGCCGGUGGUUCGGCCAGCUUCUAGCGGCGAUCCACGUGCCGGAGAAGCGCCGACCGGUCAUUGAAGAGCUGAUCGCACAGGCCGUGCAGCUGGAGCCAACGAGGCUGGCGCAACUGCUCCUGCCGGACGAUCGGCUACCGCUUAGCUGCAAGCUGGCGGCGAUUCUGGGCGUGAGGCAACUCAGCGUCAAGCGGCAGGUCCUGUUGCAAAGUAUGAAAGCGGAGGUGCAACUGGCCCUCAUCGGACUGGACGACCACACGCGCCUUUUAGCGCUGCGUUUCUUGGUGGAGACGCCGCGUCCCAGCGAACUCUUGAAUGCCGACCAGAUGGGUGCCAUUGAACUGUAUGUGCGGCACAACGCCAACAAUCCCAGUGCCCACCUGCGGCAGCUAGGCUACGGUCUGCUGCAGAAGGCCCUGAAGAGGGUGCAUUUCGGCCUGGUCGAGUACCGGAAGAGCCGCUCGCCGGCGUCCCAGGAGGUAUUCCAGUUCCUGAUACGGCUCAUCCGCAUGCUCUCGGAGAAUCUGUUUCCCUCGGCGAACUACGGACGACGCUGGUUGUCGCUGCGCUUGCUGCGCGAUUGCCUGGAGUUAACCGAGACGGUGGGAAUCACGUUCAGCGAGAUGGGAAUAGAGCUGCCCACCCAGGCACUGAUGGCAUGCUUGGGCGACAGCUACGAGCACAACAAAGUGCUGGCCGCUCAGCUGCUGCAGACCUUUCAAUCGCACUCCCUCUUCAAACCGGAUGGGAUAAUCCAGCUGCUGCUCUCGCUGCGGCCAUCGGACUCCGCCACCGGUGCCUUCCAGCUGCAGGUCUAUUGCAAGGGCAACAUAGCGGAAAGCGCGCUGCCCACGCCAACUCACGGGGACACCAUCCACGAGCCGCUUACCUUCAGGGCAUUGCAGUGGUGCCUGCAGCACUUGAGGGAGGGCCUGCGCCUCGCCCAGCUGGAUCUUGGCGAGGCGGCCAAGCUGAACCCUUUGUACGGCCUGCUUUUUGCCAGCCGGCAUCUGCUGCAGCAGCUCAAGCUCAAGGAACUGGCGAAGGAGCCUGGCUGGAGGCAGUGCAUAGAGGAGCUGGUGACCAUCUGCCUGGCAGUCAGCAGCGUGGUGCUGCCCGUGGUCAGCAGCGCUUCUCCCGAAGGCCACCUGCCCGAAACCUGCGACCAGGAGACGGAUCAGCCGCUGACCAACGUGCUCGACCGCCAGAUGACCCGCGAGGAACUGCAGCAGGUGCGCACGACGCCCCAGAUGAUACUGUUGUGCGCUUGGCGCAGCAGCAAAGAGGUGUGCCUCAUUCUCGGCGAGCUCGUCCAGCGGGCGCCGCUGGAGGAGGAGGAGCAGCAGCGGCAGGGCGACUUCCUGCUCAGCUGCGUUCAGCUGGAGGCCAUCGGGGAGCACUUCCUGCAACUGCUGGCCGAGACGAAGCACCGCGGCGCCUUCGAACAGGCCUACGUGGGAUUCACGAUGCUGUGCCGCCGCUUCUGGCACAGCGAGUCGCUGCGUCUCAAUCAGCUGCCCGGCCAGUGGGUCAACGAGGCCAUGGCGAUGGUCAGUGGGCAGGAGGAGUGGGCGGGCAAGGGUGCCCGUCUGUGCGCCACGCGCCGCAGUGCGGGCAUGCCCUUCAUGCUGCAGGCGCUGGUCUGCACGGAGCUCAAGCUGGGCACCCAUGCCACCCUCUAUCGCUGCAUGCACCGCCUGCUCGAGGUGUGUGAGCGCCGGACUGCUGGCGCUGCCGGCAUCACCGCCCGCAGCCACGCCCUCAACAUCAUGCGCGCCCUCUUCCGCAGCAGCGAACUGGCCGAGCUGGUCACCGAGUUCAUGGCCCGCGGCAUCCAAUGCGCCCUCGACGGACUGCUUCUCGCCGAGGAGUGGGCGGAGCGCAACAGCGCCACCCUGCUGCUCGCCGCCCUGAUCGUCCGCGUCUUUGGCGUGGAGCGCGCCCGCCUGGAGACCGGUGAGCUGCAUGUGCGCAACCGGAUGACGGGGCGCAUCUUCUUCACGCGCUACCCGCAGCUCUUCGACUAUUUCCACGCCGCCCUGCAGCGCGAGUCGGAGCAGAUGGACUCGGGCGCGAGGGGCAGCGACCACGCGGGCGGUAAGCGGCGGCAGGCGGUCCAGCUGGAGGCCAUGCUGCUGAUGCUCAGCCGGCUGUAUCCGUCGUCGCUGGAGGGCGCGGAGUCAACCCUAAACCUAAGCGAGUUUGUGCCCUUCCUGAUUGGUAUCUGCCACUCGCACGAUCUGAUGACACGUGAACUGGCUGCCCAGGUGGUGGCCAACUUUGUCACGCAGGACCAAGCGCUGGCCGAGAUCAGGCGCAUCGUCAUUGAGCUGAAGGCACUGCAGCUACGGCUACAGAGGCAAGACGAAGCGCUCAACCUAAACACCAAUCUGCUGCACGGCCAACUGCUUCUGCUGCUGCACCUGCACCGCCUGGUUCGCUGGACGCGACCUUCGUUGACGAGAAUGCAGCUGCACACGCUCGCCGCGCUGGCAGCUCCGCUCCUGCAGCACGACGCGUGCGCGUUCGGUGCGCUGGUGGAAGUGAUGGUGGCAGCCAUGGAGGAUGCCGUGGAGCCCGGCUUGCUGGACUUCCAGCUGCUGGAGCAGAUUGGCGCCGUUUACCUGCUGGAUCACAAGGAGGUGCACAGACGUUGCCAGCAGCUGGGUAUCUCCAAGCGGUUCUAUCAGAUCUUUGGCCUCCACCUGCACCGCUUGCGCGGCAUCUCCCAGGGCAUAGUGCUGCACAUCGUCGAGGAUCUGGCUGAGCCCAUGUGGGCUCUGGACGAGCUGAGGGUGGAGCUGUGGCUGUACAUCCUUCUACAGAGAUCCCUAAGCAAGCAGCACUCGCUGGUCAGCGAGCAGGACAUCGAGCACUUUGACUUUUCAGGCGACAUUCGCCGAUAUUUCGAGACCCUCAGCCAGGAGCAGCGGGAGGAAGUCGCCCAGGAACUGUAUGAAUCUCCGGCUGUGCGCUCGAGCGUCCUGCAGAUGCUGAAGAGCUCAAGGCGCAGCUGCUGGAGCCUUCAGCUGGCCGGCCGUCUGGCCGCCUUGCAACCCCUGCUCCGAGAUCCGGAACUGGACCUGAACCAGCUGGUCAAGCGCUGCUCAGAGGAGCACUCCGCCCACCAGGAGGCGGGCUUGCUGCUCGGCCUGAGACGGCUGAUCGGAGAAAGCAAAACUCUGGAGCGCAGGCACUGGCUGCCCGUGCUGGACUACGCGCAGCGCCUGGUCCAUCCUGGCCAACCGGUCUACCUGCGCCAUCAGGCUGCGGAGCUGUGCGAUUUGCUGGCUCGCCAUCACCUCCGGGAUCAACUGGGCGCGGGCAUCACGGACGUGGACAUUGAGUUGGUCGGACGCUUCAUUGCACUCGUGCUGCUCCUGCUGCACGACGACGCGGACUGGGUGCGUCAUCGGGCUGUCCAGCUGGUGUGCGGCGCAGGGCUGAGCAGUGGAACUGAACACACAGUGGAGCCAUUACACGGAGCCAGGCCGCCACUCAUCUUGCCCAGUGCCUUGACCCAAGACUUCUUGGACACCAUGAUCGGCAAGCUGCGCGUCGUCGAUGUCAAAGUUGUGCAGCGCCUGGUAGACAUCAUCGGUGAGCCCUUCACCUGCGCCGAGGCCAAGGAGCUGUUCGACAAGCAGGAGAACAACCACUACUGCGAGAGGAACCACGUCUUGGUCGGGUUGCGGGACGCACAUGCACGUGCCAGAACUGCGCUUCACGAGGUAUCAAAUAAGUGACGAGCGCA